AUGUCAUACCUCAAUAAUCCUGCUGUUGUCAUGGACAAUGGUACAGGAUUGACCAAAUUGGGAUUUGCAGGUAACGACUCGCCCUCAUGGGUGUUCCCAACGGCAAUUGCGACUGCGCAGCCUUCCAAGACGGCCAAGAGUAGCAGUAUGAGCGGUAUGGGCCAGAGCGGGAGCGGUAUGGGCGCUGGCGGGUCUGCAUUCUUUGGCAACACGACGUCGGCGACGUCGUUCACGGGCUUUACGUCAUCUUCUUUGAUGUCGAACAACCUGGCUGGGAAGCGCGGGACGGAGGACCUCGACUUUUACAUUGGCAACGAGGCGCUGGCAGCGGCACAGGGGCCGUCGUACUCGCUGUCCUAUCCGAUCAGACACGGGCAGGUGGAGGACUGGAACCACAUGGAGCGGUUCUGGGAGAACUCGAUCUUCAAGUACCUGCGGACAGAGCCGGAAGACCACUUCUUCCUGCUGACGGAGCCUCCUUUGAACCCGCCCGAGAACAGGGAGCAGGUGGCGGAGAUUUUCUUUGAGUCGUUCAACUGCGCAGGCCUGUACAUCGCGGUGCAAGCUGUGCUGGCUCUCGCCGCGUCAUGGACUUCGUCGAAGGUAACAGACCGGUCCCUGACGGGUACAGUGAUUGACUCCGGCGAUGGUGUCACACAUGUGAUUCCUGUUGCAGAGGGCUAUGUGAUUGGCUCCGCGAUCAAACACAUCCCGAUUGCCGGACGGGACAUCACCCUUUUCAUCCAGUCGCUGCUACGUGAGCGGGGCGAGGUGGACACUUCGUUGCGCACGGCUGAGCGCAUAAAGCAGGAAUACUGCUACGUGUGUCCUGACAUUGUCAAGGAGUUUAACAAGUUCGACAGGGACGCCACGAAAUUUGCACAGUUUAUCGUGGAAAACAAGGAGAAGACGCAGAAGAAGGUGGUCGAUGUUGGAUACGAGAGGUUCUUGGCUCCUGAGAUUUUCUUCAACCCCGAGAUUGCAUCCUCAGACUUCCUCACGCCAUUGCCCACGGUGGUAGAUCAGACCAUCCAGGCCUGUCCGAUUGAUGUUCGUAAGGGCCUCUACAACAACAUCGUCCUAUCCGGCGGCUCCACAAUGUUCAAGGACUUUGGUCGCAGGCUACAGAGAGAUCUGAGAUCCAUAGUCAACAACAGAAUUGCACAGAGCGAGUUGUUGAGCGGCACGAAGUCCACUGGUGUAGAGGUCCAGGUGAUCUCACACAGAAGGCAGCGGAAUGCUGUGUGGUUCGGUGGUUCUCUGUUGGCCCAGACUGCCGAAUUCAAGAGCUACUGUCAUACGAAGAAGGAUUAUGAGGAAUAUGGCCCACAAAUUGUCAGGAACUUCAGCUUAUUUAACAUGGUCUGA